AGUAGCAGUUCUGUGCUACCAGGAGUGAAGGGAGAUCUUGCAGUCCCCCAAUCUGAAACGCUUUACGUUUGCUGAUCUAAGAAUGGCCACCAGGAACUUUCGUCCCGAUAGUGUGCUGGGAGAAGGUGGAUUUGGUUACUAUGGCAAGUUCUCUGACUUUGGCUUGGCCAAGGAUGGACCGACGGGUGAUAAAAGCCACGUCUCCACUAGGGUCAUGGGAACCUAUGGAUAUGCUGCUUCGGAGUAUUUAGCCACUGGUCAUUUGACUGCCAAGAUCGAUUUCUAUAGCUUUGGAGUUGUCCUCCUUGAAGUGUUGUCGGGCCGUAGAGCAAUUGACAAGAAUAGACCAUCUGCGGAACACAAUCUGGUAGAAUGGGCCAAACUGUACAUGGCUAACAAGCGCAGAGUAUUCCGCAUUCUGGACAAUCGCCUUGAAGGUCAGUAUACGCUGGAGGUUGCCCAAAAAGUAGCUCAUCUUGGCUCUUGCCGCGAGGUGUCUUUCUGGGGAUCCCAAGUUUAGGUGGUAACUACUUCUUCAUGUGCUAGUUUUUUGAGAAUGCCAUUUUUACUAAGUAUUAUCAUCCCCAUUAUAUUUCAUCAGAUUCUAUAAGAUAUUACUGUUAUCAGGAUCUUGCUAAAUUGGUAAUCCAUUUUUACUAAAUAAAUUGUCUUGAAGUGCUCACAUGAUAAUACUUUUGUGAUUCAUAUGGGUCAUAUA